CAUCCCCUCUCUGCAACCCUCUUGCUGCAACAUCCUAACUAAUAAAGGAACAGUAUAAGCUUUGAAGGCUCUUCCCAUACAGCAAUUUCUGCCAUUUGGAUUGGUGAAUUUUUGCAUUUCGACUAUUGUGAUGUCAUGGAGAAUACUUGAAUAGAUAUCUUGUCAAAUUUGGUGGCUUAUCUCAGUCACAAUCCUCUCUUUGCACUUUUCCUCGAUAAGGGUAUUUGUUAUUCAAUCUACAUCAAAUGGAUUUCAAUUCUUUUGAACAAAUCUCAAAUUAUUAUUUUGAUAUGUAGAAGUUGAUCUGAAGUAGGUGAAUGAAGCUUCCACAGUUUUUAAGUAGGGAAAAAGAUCCCUACCUAGUCGUGUGUCCCUACACCACAUAUAUAGGGGUGAUGAAAAGACCACCUUAUCUCCUUUGUUUGAUGCCUAUACGCUUCUCCUGGUAGGUCCCCCAACCCUUUUUUAAGUAUACCUCAUUACCUAUAUAAAGGCAAUCCACCAUGAUUGCUUUUAGCCAGUUGCAGAAAAGCAAGCGCACUUUCAACUUUGUCUCAACUCCCAACUCUAUAAUCUCCCCACUAGGGAGUAGAGAAUGUGUCAAUUUAGUGUCCAUUCAAGUGGUGCCCUUUUUAUCAUGAACAAAGGAGUCCACUGUUUAGUGUAGUUGGUGCAGCUGUGGUGUACAAAAACAAUGCUCACCAGGAGGUCUCGGUCUUGAGUUCGAGUUCGAUUUACUCUAAACCACAGAAAUCAGAAUCAGAAUUAGGCUCAGCUGAUUCCAAUUUUUGAACCCUGCUCUGAGUGCUCUCACUGUCUAACAGGAGUCUGUCCAUGUGUCCAUGAGAUGGAUUCUUAUCUCAUCUCAUUCUUAAAACCCCAGUUGCCAUUACAAUUGGGUUACCUUGCUUUACACUCAAAAGAUAGUCAAAAAAUGGAUCAAAACAAGCCAGCCUCAAAAGUUCAUCUCAGAUUCAUAGAUCUUUUUCUAAGGCUCUCUGUGAUACCUCUUAGUAUUGCAUCCAUAUGGCUCACUGCAACCAACAAGCAGGACAGCAUCAUCUACGGAAGGCUAGAAUUCAGUAACCUCUCAGGGCUCAAGUACAUGGUCUGGAUCAAUGCCAUCUCUGUGGGUUAUUCCCUUGUGGCUAUUGUUUCUUCAUGGUUCAAAUGUCUAUUAACUAAAGCUUGGUUCUUCCUCUUUUCAGAUCAGGUUCUGAGUUAUCUGAUGGUCACAUCCACAGCUGCUGUGGUAGAGUUACUGUACUUGGUCUAUAAUGGUGAUAAAGAUGUCUCAUGGAGUGAAGCCUGUAGCUCUUUUGGAAGUUUUUGCAAUAGGGUUAAGAUGGCUUUGGUUCUCCAUGCCAUAGCUCUCUUGUGCUUCCUUGGCUUGUCUUUGAUCUCAGCUUAUAGAGUUUUCAGCAAGUUUGGUCCUCCUUGUGUUACUUCUGAAGAAGUGGAAAGAGAAACAAAUUAAGUGUUAAUGAGUGACUUCUUGUGGAGUAGCUUUCUAAUGGUGUUACCUUAGAAAUGAUGAGGGCUUGCAUAUAUAUCAUCAUUCUUAUUGUAAAUCUAUGAGGAUUGUUAUCAAGGACUUCUGAAAGGUUAGAAUUUGUGCUUAAA